AUGUCAACGACCAGAAACAGCGUUCCUCAAAUUACAGUUUAUCAAGAAAUGGCAUUACCAGCGCGUCAUCAUCCUCGAGCCAACCCAGAAGGCUUAAGAAUUAUGCAGUAUUCUCUGGACUGCCUCCUCGGUCUGAGGUUCUACUCGAAGCUUUUAAUCACGCCCUCUGAGCUUGUGUCCAAGAUCCAAAUUCUCUAG